UGACGCCGUAUUUCCGGUUAGGAUGAGAUGCUUGUAAUAAGUGUGGAUGUGAAGUAUUAAGGCAACCACUGCUUGCAAAAUAGAUAAGUACUGAAAGAAUGGAAACACAAAUGCUUGAAGAGUUAGAAGUCACAAUUCGAAAAGGUCUUCACAUAAUAAAGUUCAACAGGCCCAGCAAGAAAAAUUCAUUUACUGCACAGAUGUAUGAUGGGCUUGCAAGGCUGCUUAAUGAGGCUGCAGUGGAUGACAGAAUAGUGAUAACAGCUUUGACUGGUGCAGGAGACUUCUACAGUAGCGGAAAUGACUUAACAAAUGCAACAAAAUUUAUUGCUGAUGGUGACAUUAUUGAAUCAACAAAGGAAAGCUGCAAUCGAAUUCGGAACUUUGUAUCUGCAUUAAUUGAUUAUCCCAAGAUCCUUGUAGCUGUGGUUAAUGGGCCUGCAUAUGGAAUAGCUGUGACAACAUUGGGUCUUUGUGAUGUGGUUUAUGCAUCAGAUAAGGCUUAUUUUCAGACACCAUUUACAAAACUUGGGCUUGUAGCAGAGGGUUGUUCAUCAUACACAUUUCCUCGGAUUAUGGGAAUAAGUAAGGCGAGUGAGAUGAUAUUCUUUGGACAUCAGAUGGGUGCUAAUGAUGCAAAGGAAUGUGGUUUAGUUUCACAGGUGUUCCCCCACACCACAUUUGAACAACAAGUGUGGUCUAAAUUGGAGCAAUUUGUGCAAAUGCCAAAGCAGUCAAUGAUGUGUUCAAAACACCUGAUUCGUGCACAAAUCAGUGAAGAGCUUCACAAAGCUAAUGAAGCAGAAUGCAAGGAGCUUGGAGAGAGGAUGCACUCUGAAGAAUGCAUAACUGCCGUGUUUCAGAUCUUGAACAGGAGGAGUAAAAUGUAGACACAGCAAAACUUUCAAACAAAAAUUAUUAUACAAGAUACAAAUAUGAUGGGGUCUUGGGACUAUUUCCUUUGUAAGUUCAUUUCUUUAUAAAAAUUAUAUAGUUAUAAGAAUUAGAAUUAUCUAACUGCCCUUACAGAUUGAAGCAUAGAGAGCAAGUCUCUGAAACAUGAUGCACCUUGUUUUAUCAAGACUGUGACAAAUAUGCAAUAUAAAAUAUUUCUAAGACAAUUAGGAGAAUGAAUAAGCAAGGUUAAUCUUUCUUAACCUCUUACACUCCAAAGCUGACAUUACCAACAUGCCACUUUGCUGUUGGUGCUAGUCUGAACUUCAUGCUCUGAAAUAAUUUCUUAUAGAAGUAUUUCUGCAAUUAUAAUGAAAAGUGGCCAGUCAGUUUCAACUGAUUUUGGAGCAGAAACAGUUUUUUUCAUCUCAUACAUGUAAUUAUACAUUAUAUGCCAUGUAUUUACACAAGCAUCACAACUUAUAAUUAGGAUAAAUUUCAGUUUAGUAAAUUCAGUAGGAAGUAGAACUCUUUAGUUUCUUAUAGUGUCCUUGAUUUGAAUUAGUAAGGUUUCACAAUGUUAUUUGUGAUUUUGGAGUCGUGUAUUUGGUACUACAUUUUACUGUAAACAUCACACUGUGUAUCAUUUUGAGGCUGUGGUUAUUUUAUAUAUAAACAUAUCUGGUCAGAUUGUCUUAUGAAAUAAACUUAACACAAGUACUUAUCAGCCAGACAGAGAUAUCAAAACAUCCAAGAGAAAGUAGUGUAAGUGUUGAAAUGGCUGAGAACUACAUUCUGCAUUGUGGUUAGUUAUCUUUCCUGAAGCAGUUGUUUUAAUGUACUGCAGCAAAGAAUAAAACAAUUUCCAUUCUAUCCACAAGUUAUGUUGCUUAAAAACACUAAACCUAGGAAAUGAAUUUGUUUGAGACAAGUGAAAAGAAGCAUCUCCUGCCAUCUCUAAAUGUUGAAGCUGUGAAUAGAAUUAAGCAAAAACCAGCAUAGAAAGGGUUAAGUUUAAGUUUUUAUGAGGUGGAUAAUUGUCCUAAUCAUAGACGGGUGCAUAAUGUUAAAAUGGAUCCAGGAUAGGGACUGGUGGCAGAGUCUUGUGAACACACCUUGUGGUUCCAUAAAAGGAAGGGAAUUUCUUGACUGUGUGAUUAUUAGCUUCCCAAGGAGGACUCUUGGUCCAUGGUGUUAGUUGGAGUAUAUAGUAAUUUCAAACAAAGAAGUUUCCAUUUUUAGAAUUGCUUCACAGAUAUGUUAAGAUGUGAUUUUGACCUGACUGAUUUAAAAACUAAAAUAUUUAUAUUGAUUAGAAGGUAACAUUUAUGUCGUGAACCAUGUCUUAGGCAGUUCUGAUUGUAAUUAUAAUUGGUAAGGUUCUUUUUAAUUCUGGUGAAAAUUUGUAGUAUGUAUAAACAUCACAUUGUGGAGGGUGAUUACAAAUGAUCUGAAUGACUUCAGUCAUAUUUUAUGAUAUAACAGAUAAAUUGAAAAUAAGACCACAUGAAUGAAGAAGUAGUAUACUUUUUUUAACUUAUGGUAGUUCAAUGCAUGCUCCAUUUAAGGCUCUGUAUCUUUCAAAGCAGUAUUUUGUUCCUUGCCACGUAUUUUGAAGCAUAUCACAACAGAAUCUUCCAAUGGAAUUUCUUUUUAUUUCCUUUAAAUUGUCGAAGGUUUCUGGCAAUGGAAAAUAUAAGCUUUAUUCUUGAUACAGAACCACAGAAAGAAUUAAUAGGGUUAGAUCAGGUGAAAGCAGCAGAAAGAAAAUGAACCCACUUGACCAAUCCAAUGAUGAAACAACUACUUGUUCAGGAAUAUUGUGACCUUAUGAAAGUGAAGCAGUAUACCAUCUCGUUGGAACACAGUACUGGAUGUGUUCUAACUUGACUGCCAAAAUUUUGAUGAAAGCCUGGAUUUUCAUGUAUUCUUUAAUAUACUUCUUUGUUCAUGAGGGUUACAAAUUUACAGACAUCACAGCAGAAUAAGACAGACUGCAACGGACAUAUAGGCCACAUUAUUUUGUGACACACAUAUGUGUCAUAAUGUGUAUAGCAUGCCCCUCUGUACUGAAGGGUUAAGAUAUGCUAUAUUUGUUAUUAAUUGCAUGUUAAUCUGUGUAAGGAUGCAUUUAAUGUAUAUCACAAAACUGUGAAAGCAUUAUAAUAAAGAAUAUUUUCUUCA